AUGUCCUCUUCAGAUACUAUUGUUGUUGCUGCUACUGGUGGCAGUGCCCCUCCACCAAAUCAACUAAUCACCAUUAAUCCUGCAUCCCAACUACCUCUCAAACUCACUGGCAGUCACAAUUUCUCGACAUGGAAAGCUCAACUUUCCACUCUCCUUAUUGGAUAUGAUCUCAUGGGUUAUGUAGAUGGCACGGAACUGUGUCCUCCACAGUUCCUUAUUUCUAACAGAUGGUUCAAGCAAGCCCAACCCAGCCUCAAAAUCUGGACAAGGAAUUCAAAAUCUAUUGCUGAUUUCAUGGGUGAAAUAAAAUCCUUAGCGGAUGAACUGGCAGCCACUGGAUCUCCUUUAACCAGCGAAGAGUUGACGAUUAAAGUCCUUAGUGGUUUAGGUCCUGAAUUUAAGGAAAUUUCAGCAGCCAUCCGAGCCCGAGACACACCUAUAAGCUUUGAAGAACUAUAUGAUAAACUACUUGGUCAUGAAGUUUUCCUAAAGCAUGAAGAUGCCAAGAAGGAACAACUCACUAUCAUUGCUCAACUCAAUCAGAGAAACUCCUCAAACAGUCGACCUCGUAGUAACAACUUCAACACCAAUCGCAAGUCCUUCUCCACAAAUGGACAGUCCAACAAUCAUCUCAAACAUCAGAAUGGAUAUAAUCCGCAACAAUUCAACAAUCAACGAGUUCAGUGUCAACUUUGA